GUCCACAGGUGUGCAUGGUGUCUAACCUGCCUCUCCUGCUGCUGCUGCUGGCUCAGAGCUCAGACACCGAUCAGCAGUGUGUUUCUCUCUGGCAGGACAGCAGAGCCAGGACGCUCUUCAUGCGCAUGAGAGGUGUCAUGUGCGCCACUUCUUCCACCUUAUUCGACACAUUUAAGGAACAAAAAGGAUGUUUUUUAGGAUGCACCUGAAUGGUUAGAAGUUGAGAAGUGGACCAGGAGGAGAAGAACUAGUCAGUCAGAGCUGUGAUCCUGCAGGGAAUGUGUGCGUAAAAGUGGUGCGUAAAAGUCCUGCAGGAUGAGAGCAGAGAGCUGAUCUCGAUCUCCAUCAUGGAGGAGAAGUUCAACAGACUCAUCUUCAUCCCCAUUGCAGCACUCCUCUUCUUGAUGAUCGGCUACCAGUAUGUUUGCCCUGCAGACAGCAACACCUGCUACUUCAGGAGCGACGACAAGGGGCUCUUCCAGCGCUACUCAUCCGGAUUUGAGCUCCUUUACGCAGAAGACGUGGAUGAAGACCUCCCAUCCAAGAUCACAUCCAAAUUUAACUUCACAGAGAGAGACCUGGACAGACAUGUGGACUUCAACAUCAGAGGAGAUGAUGUGAUGGUGUUCCUGCACAUCCAGAAGACAGGUGGCACCACGUUUGGAAGACACCUGGUGAAGAACAUCCAGCUGGAGCAGCCGUGUGACUGCAUGCCCGGCCAGAGGAAGUGCACCUGUCACCGGCCAGGCAGAGCAGAGUCCUGGCUCUUCUCUCGGUUCUCCACCGGAUGGAGCUGCGGGUUGCACGCGGACUGGACCGAGCUCACGAGCUGUGUGCCCGUGGUGAUGAACAAGAGGGACAAGAAGAGCGUGCAGAAGAAUAAAAGGAAUUUCUACUACAUCACGAUGCUACGCGAUCCCGUGUCACGCUACCUCAGCGAGUGGAAGCACGUGCAGCGCGGGGCCACUUGGAAAACCGCCCUCCACAUGUGCGACGGCCGCCCGCCCACUCAGGACGAGCUCCCCGCCUGCUACAGCGGCGAAGACUGGACCGGCGUGCCCCUGGCGGACUUCAUGAGCUGCCCCUCUAACCUCGCCAACAACCGCCAGGUGCGCAUGCUUGCCGACCUCAGCCUGGUGGGCUGCUACAACAUGUCGUCGGUGAGCGAGCUGGAUCGUGGCCGCUUGCUGCUCGCCAGCGCCAAAGCCAACCUGCGCAACAUGGCGUUCUACGGCCUGACGGAGUUCCAGCGCAAGACGCAGUACCUGUUCGAGCGGACGUUCGGCCUGCGCUUCAUCCGGGCCUUCACGCAGAUCAACAGCACGCGCGCCGCCAGCGUCGGCAUCAGCGAGAAGGUGCGGUGGCGCAUCGAGGGGCUCAACGCGCUCGACGUGGAGCUGUACGAGUACGCCAAGGAGCUGUUCCUGCGGCGCUACCAGUACAACCGCCAGAGGCAGCACCAGGAGGAGCGGCAGAGGAGGUGGCAGGAGAGGCAGCAGAGGCAGCGGAUGCACAGGACCUAUCUGGCGGAGCUGUGGAGACUAGGAGGAGGAGGAGGAGGGGAGGAAGAGGAGGUGAAGGCGUUGGAGGCAGUAGCCACUACAGAGGACUACAGCAGCCAGGUGGUGAGAUGGUGAGGAGGAACUAAAAACACCAAUGAACUGACUGAUCGCUGUUUGAUUCAUUGUGCUUUACUCUCCUCCCCGUCUCUCCUCCGCCGUGAAUCUGCCAAAACCUCCUGCCCUCAUAGCCUCUUAGCUCUUUGUUGGACUGCCGAACGGUGUCUUAAUAUUUAAAAUGGAUGUAUUUGUCAUGGCAACAUUUUGUAUUUUUUUUCUUUUUUUUUUUCUUAUGGCUAUUUUUUGGCACUGCAGUUGUGAAUUGUAUUUAUUUAUUAAUUAGCAAAGUGCUUCGAAUGUUCUCAAAGCGCUG